UAUUCUUCUUAUUGCUUAUCCUCUUAAUAAAUUGAAUUAAAUUGCCAGAACUGUAUUAACAGUCCAGUUUAUUACUUAUGUUCAGAUAUCAGGAUAUUAAAGGCAAAAAUCAGAGUUUCUAUUGUCAACUUUGAAUUCCUUAUCUCAAUUCUAUGACAGCUGAGGAGAAGCUCGAGGGUGUCAACAUAGUUCAGUUACAACAUAUUUUGUCCAUCACGACUUUUGGUCUUGUCAAAUACAGAAUGUGUAUUUCAGCUGUUCCCCAACUGUCAAAGUGUCUCUGCUCAAAAAGAUAAAGAAUUCGUUCCUUAUUCUAAAUUUGGAGAAACAACCUGGAACUGAUGGCGAUUUAACCCUGCCUUAUUUGGUCAACACUUGCUGUCGGACCGCCACUGGGUGAAGUAGAACACACCCCAUAUAUUAUAAGGGGAAGCUGACGGAUGGAAGGAACCUCAAUAUCAAGCAUUUCCUAGCUCUGUCUCAGCUCAUAUUCUUUCUGCCUACGAUUACAAAGAAAGCAACGACUUCAACAUUUUUUUAAGCUGAGAGGCUACCGUGUCAAGGUGGAUGACCAGAAGUUCACUGCUCCUAUCGAUAGAAUGGACUUUGUCCGUGCCAAGAAUGCUGCUGAAGUCCUUAACGAGGCUAAGUACCGGGAGACCUGGCACAAGGACAAGACCAAGUACUCCUUGAAGGACACCCCAAUCCUGGUCACAGCCAGAGAGGUGGCCAAGAACAUGCAUCCGAAAUUGUACACCAAGGACUGGGACAAGGUCAAGUCCACUGGAUAUUUCAUGCCUGGAGAUGCAGUUCCCAUCAAGCAGUGUAUCCAUAAUAACAGAGUGCAGAGUGACCACAAGUACAAGACAGGUUACCGCAAGCAAGUUGGCCAUCACAUUGGUGCCCUCAGCGUCCAGGAUGACCCUCUGCUCGUGCUGGCUCUGAACUCAGCCAGGAUUGCUAGUGAUGCCCUCUAUAAGAAGGACUUCAACAAGUCCAAGACUAAGUUCAACCUUCCAGUGGACAUGAUGGCCUUUGAGCUGGCCAAGAAGAACCAGAUCCAGGUCAACCAUGCCAACUACAUCACCCGCCUGCACAACUGGACCUGUCUUCCAGAUUCCAGUGAUGUUGUACAUGCCAGACAGGUGUACGACAUACAGAGUGACGCCAUGUACAAAGCAGAUCUUAAGUGGCUCAAAGGACUUGGCUGGGUCCCUAUUGGUUCAAUUGAUGUGGAGAAAGCCAAGAAGGCUGGAGAAAUCCUGAGUGAAACGAAGUAUCGCCAGCACCCCAGCACUGUGCCUUUUACAAGUCCUAUUGAUGCCAUGAACAUUGUCCUGGCAAAUAAUUGCCUAACCAUGAACAAGAAAAUGGACAUAGAGGCAUGGGAGGCAGAUAAGGUGAAGCUGCACAUCAAUCCUGACACUCCUGAGAUUGUGCUGGGCAAGCAGAACUCUAUCACCAUGAGCAAUAGGCAGUAUAGACAAGGUUUUGAAGACGCCAUCAAGAAGGGAUAUUACCUUCCUGGUGACGCCAUCUCUGUCAAGGCUGCCAAACUUGGUAGAGAAAUCAUCAGUGAUUACAAGUACAAGACAGGUUACCGCAAGCAAGUUGGCCAUCACAUUGGCGCCCUCUGCGUCCAGGAUGACCCUCUGCUCAUGCUGGCUCUGAACUCAGCCAGGAUUGCUAGUGAUGCCCUCUAUAAGAAGGACUUCAACAAGUCCAAGACUAAGUUCAACCUUCCAGUGGACAUGAUGGCCUUUGAGCUGGCCAAGAAGAACCAGAUACAAGUUAACGAUGCCCACUACAGAACUCGCCUGCACAACUGGACCUGUCUGCCAGAUUCCAGUGAUGUAGUUCACGCCCGGAAGGUGUAUGAUCUGCACAGUGAUGCUGUCUACAAGGCAGACAUGGAGUUUACAAGGGGUUUGGGAUGGGUCCCUAUCGGGUCUCUGGACGUGUUGAAGGCGAAGAAAGCUGGCGAGAUUUUGAGUGAUCGCCUUUACAAGCAGAAACCAGAUGCACUUAAAUUCACCACUGACAUGCUGUCUAUGCCCAUGGCUUUGGCCAAGGCCAAUGCUGAUAUCAUUAACAAGCAACAAUACUUGGCUGCUUGGGAGAAAGACAAGAUCCAAAUUCAUAUGACCCCGGAUAUACCUGAAAUUGUGCUGUCAAAGGCCAAUGCAAUCAACAUGAGCAGGAAACUGUACAGGCAAGGAAUGGAGGACUCCUUCCGCAAGCCUAUUGACAUCAAAUCAGAUUGCAUCGCAGUCAAAGCUGCCAAGCAUGGUAGAGAGAUCAUCAGUGAUUACAAGUACAAGGCAGCUUACCGCAAGCAAGUUGGCCAUCACAUUGGUGCCCUCAACGUCCAGGGUGACCCUCUGCUCAUGCUGGCUCUGAACUCCGCCAAGAAUGCUAGUGAUGCCCUGUACAAGAAGGACUUCAACAAGUCCAAGACCAAGUUCCACCUUCCAGUGGACAUGCUGUCCAUUGAGUUGGCCAAGAAAUGCCAGGUCCAAGUAAGAACUACAGAACCAAACUACAGAACUCGCCUGCACAACUGGACCUGUCUACCAGACUCUAGUGAUGUUGUCCAAGCCAGGAAGGUGUAUGACAUCCGUAGUGAUUCCGUGUACAAGGCUGAUCUUGAGUGGUUGAGGGGCACAGGCUGGGUUCCUAUUGGCUUAGUGGAUGUGGAGAAGGUAAAGAAGGCAUCAGCAAUCCUAAGCGAAAGGAAGUAUCGCCAGCCCCCCAGCAACUUCAAGUUCACUGCCAAAACCGAUGGCAUACCAUAUGCCUUAGCUCAAGCCAAUGCACAAAUAAUAAACAAGAAAGCAUAUGUAGAAGCCUGGGAAAAGAACAAAGUCAACAUCCACAUUAUGCCUGACACACCAGAGAUCCUUUUGGGCCAGCAGAACAAACUUAACACAAGUCUGAAAUAUUAUCGUCAAGGAUUUGAAGAUACCAUCAAAAAAGGCUACUACUUGCCAAAGGAUGCCAUCUCCAUCAAAGCUGCCAAGUCUGGCAGGGAUAUCAUCAGUGAUUAUAAGUACAAGGCCGGCUUCCGUAAGCAAUGUGGACACCAUAUUGGAGCCUUAAGUGUUCAGGAUGACCCUCUCCUCGUGCUGGCAGCAAAUGCAGCCAAGAUCUUCAGUGAUAAUGUCUACAAAGCAGACUUCCACAAGACCAAAACCAAGUUUAACCUUCCUGCUGACAUGUUGGCUUUCGAGCUGGCUAAAAAGAACCAGAUCCAAGUCAACGACGCAAACUACAGAACUCGCCUGCACAACUGGACCUGUCUGCCAGACUCCAGUGAUGUUGUCCAAGCCAGGAAGGUGUAUGAUAUCCGCAGUGAUGCAGUGUACAAGGCCGAUCUCGAGUGGCUGAGAGGGUGCGGCUGGAUGCCUCAGGGCUCCGUGGAUGUCGUCAAGGCUAAGCAUGCCCAGACCAUCCUCAAUGACCGGCUGUAUCGCCAGCCACCCAGCUCUGUCAAGUUCACCAGCGUGGCUGACCUCCCCGCCAUUGUCCUCUCCAAGCAGAAUGCUGACACCAUUAGUGAUAGGAAAUACCAUGAGGUUUGGGAGAAAGACAAAACUUCCAUUCAUCUCCCAGUUGACAUACCUUCAAAUGUGUUGUCCAAGGCCAAUGCUAUCAGUAUCAGCGAUAAACUGUACACAAAAGACUGGGAUAACCAGAAGGCCAAGGGCUACCACAUUAAGGAGGACGCCAUCGCUGUCCUGAAGGCCAAAAAAUCCAGAGACAUCAUCAGUGACUACAAAUACAAGUCAGGUUACCGCAAGUGAGUUGGACAUCACAUUGGUGCCCUCAGUGUUCGUGAUGAUCCUCUAAUCAUGCUGGCUCUAAACUCAGCAAGGAUUGCUAGUGAUGCCCUGUAUAAGAAGGACUUCAACAAGUCCAAGACCAAGUUCCACCUCCCAGUGGACAUGCUGACCAUUGAGUUGGCCAAGAAAUGCCAGGUCCAAGUCAACGACUUCAACUACAGAACUCACCUGCACAACUGGACCUGUCUACCAGACUCCACCGACGUAGUCCAGGCCAGGAAAGCUUACGACCUUCAGAGCGAUGCUGUGUACAAGGCUGAUAUGGAGUGGCUUCGUGGAUGUGGCUGGGUUCCACAUAUGUGUUUGGAUGUUUUAAAGGUUAAGAAUGCCCAGAAGAUCCUGGCUGAUAGAGGCUACCGUGUCAAGGUGGAUGACCAGAAGUUCACUGCUCCUAUCGAUAGAAUGGACUUUGUCCGUGCCAAGAAUGCUGCUGAAGUCCUUAACGAGGCUAAGUACCGGGAGAACUGGCACAAGGACAAGACCAAGUACUCCUUGAAGGACACCCCAAUCCUGGUCACAGCCAGAGAGGUGGCCAAGAACAUGCAUCCGGCUAGCAGAGGACAGAGUGCCGACCUCAUUCUAGUGGAUGAAGUAAGCUUUGUGAAUUCCAAGGUGCUGAUGGCUGUAAUACCGCACAUAGCAUACAGAGGACGAAAACAAGUGCACAUCACAAGUCAUGUCAACAACACACCGUGGCUCAACAAAGUGGUGGAUAUCCGUAGGGAGGACGGAGAACCCGCUUACCACGUAGUGUCACAGGGCUUCAAGUGUAGGUAUCACGAGAAGGACCCAGGUCUAACAUGCUCCUGUCUUGGAGUAUACUGUCCCAAUCAUAUAACAGUAGACAACCACCUGAAGCAACUAAUGAACAUGAUAACACCAAGGGGAUUCGAGAGUGAAGUCACAGGCAGCAGCAGUACAUCGUCUGCCGACACAAAGACCGACAGGACCACCCCCUUUGAGCCAUCGAUCAUAAACAAAUUCCUGUCGAAUAACAGCUACACUCUGGAAUACAUGACUCGGGCCUCCGUGGAGAGAGUUUACAUCUGCCUCGACCCGACCUUUGGAGGGGGUUCCAGGUCCUGUGCGGGGGUCUGCUGUGCUGUGGAAUUGAAAGGUGGCAAUCUAGUGGUUAUGGGCUUGGAGGAAUUGGAGAUACGCGAUUUGGAUCAAGUUACUAGAGUCUACGCUGCUCUGCUAAGCGGUCACAUUAGAUUACUGAAACUCAUGAUGCCGAGAGUGAUAUGGAAAGGAUUACCCGCCGUGAUGGUAGUUGAACGAAAUACCUACGUCAACGCCUCAUUCGAGGUCAAAUGUCUGAUGGAGCAGUCACUCGUGCGAUCCGGUUUCAAAUUACAGUUCUAUAAGAAGUGGUCACCAGACAACAAUAAGUUCAUGUUAGGGAAGUACGUUGGUGCCAAUACCAAACUUGCUAUGGUUCACAGUACAGUCUCUGCAAUAACUAGACAAACUCUGUAUUACUGCGACACCGUAAUGUCCUUGGGAUGGGCAGUGAUACACGAGGCUACCAAGAAAGCUCGGAUGCUCGAGUCUACAAUUGGAACUUCCAAGGGUAACGGUUCUAGCAACAAGAUGGGUUCCAAAAGGGAAAUAUUCAUGUACAGGCGUUCACGAAAAGGCGUCAACCUCGCCACUGAUGUAACGGCGAGUGUAUUGGAGACGUGUGACAUUAUGUAUUUACCAGAUAAUAGGCUCACUGACCAGCUACAUGCCCAGCAAGGAAAACUUUUAUUGGGGAAAUUGAGAGAAGAAAUGUCAAUGGUCACCAUCACAGAGUCGACAAAAUCUACUACGGUGACGACAGGGGGUAAAAGGUCUGUGAACGGAGAAUACACCAGAGACGACCUGUUGUCAGCAUUCUUACUUCUGUGUCACACCAGAGAUGAGAUAUCCAGCGGUGACCCGUUCAUUAAAUUAUGUGGCGAGGUAUAUGACGUGACAGUAAAGUGACAUCUAUAUAGUUUU